CCCGACUCGUCGUGCGUUCGCAGGGCUAAUCUACGACCCUGGAAGCCCGUGUAAGCUGCCACCGGCGUGUGCAGUCCCAGUCUCUAUCAUCCGAAGGGUUAUCACGCUGCGCGAGGCCUCUCCAAGACCACACAACUAGUAGCCACAAACACUGCAACUUUUAUUCGCGGCGAGCUGUGGGCAAAAUGCCGCGCAAGGUGCGCAGCAGGUCGCCGGCCGUGAUGAAGGCGCCCGCGCCCGAGCCGGCGGCCGAGGCGGACGAGCCGCCGCUGCCGCCUUUGCUGCGCACCGCGAUCGUCAUGGUCGGCGCGCUCCUGCUCGCUGUGUCGAGCGGCUCGAAGCUACGGGUCGAGAUGGCCUGCGAGACCGGCGCGCUCCUCGAAGGCACGCGCUUCUGCGCGUGGUCGCCGGGCCGGCGCAUCCAGGUCUGCGCCGCGCUCUUCGCCGCCCUCUUUCUGUUCGACAUCGUGCUCGUGGUGGCGUACUCGGUCGUCGAGGCGGUCGUCGCGGUCGCGCGGGCCGCGUGCCGCGCGCCGGCGGCGUUCGCUGAUUUAGCUCACGAGGCGCUCGUGGAGUGGCGCCGCCGCCGCAAGGCCGCGGCGCGGAGGAACCGCCAGGCGCUCCGCGACGCCGAGGCAGACAAAGAGCGGCGCGCCGAGCGCAAGCGCGAGGCCGAGGCGACGUGGCGGCGCGCGCGCGAGCGCAGCCAGAAGAAGGCCCAAGAAAAACCCAAGAAGAAGCCGCCGCGGCCCCGGAGCGCGCCGCCGAAGCCCAAGCCCAAGCCCAAGGCGAACGUGCCGCCCGAGAGCGAGCGCCACCAGACGCCGCCCGCGACGCCGCCGGAGCCCAAAAGGGAGCUCGAGAGCGACCCGGGCGUCCUCGAGCACAAGGGGAUCGCCGAGGCCCUCGACGCCGGCGUGCCCGAGUCCAAGUCGACGCCGUCCGAGUACGAGGAGAGCGACUCCAAGGGCGUCUCCAGCCUGACGCCGUCGGAGCUCACGCGGCGCGAGUCCGUCGACGGCGUGACGGUGGCGUCGUCCUUUGAUACAUUGGAUGAGGCCGAGGAGGACGAGUUGUAUGCGGCGCUCGACGCGGAACUCGAGGAAUCCACGGGGUCGGAGUCGACGGAGACCAAUAGGAACGCGCGGGGGAUACCUAUCUUGCUGGCGUGCCUCGUCGGGCUCAUCGUGACCGCGACGGUGGUCGAAGUCGGUUGCAGUGCAUAAAUCAAAUUGUCGCGGCGCGUCCUCACUGAUUUAUUUGCGCACAGGUCGGUUGGCUCAUGCUCGAGCACGUGGGGAGAUCGGCCGCCGUGCGGCGCGCGCUCGAAACGGGCGUGGUCCUACGAGUCGCGCGGGCCGUGCACGAGACGCAACGCGAGCGAGGUCUGAUUUCGACCUAUGUGGCUUCCGACGGCCGCGCCCGCGCAUUGGAGCUCGGCCGCCAGUUCUUGCGCACCGACGCCGCCAUGGACCUGGCGGUACGGGGCAGCGCCACGAAUCAACGUCCCGCGCCAUCGAUGCGACGACGGUGGCUGCUCGAUAAUAACGCUUUAUGUCACGCAGGUCGGUGCUGUGCUCAAACACGCCGACACCUCCAAGCCGCGGGGCAUCGACACGGACCUGUCGCCGAAGCGGACUGCGGCGCGCCUUGGCGCCGCGGUGGACCUCGCCGCGCGUAGAAGUGCUUACGUCUUGUCAGACGAGCCACGGGGGAGUCCCCCUGCCCGGCUUCGCUCCUUGGCGCCCGAGGCGGGCGGGUGCCGCCGCAAGAGUUGCCAGAAGCUCCGAGCUUUACUGCGGGAGCGCGAGGACUCGUCGCACGACCGGGCCGCGGCGCCCUCACGGCGCACGACGAGCCAGACGCACCGCGACGUCUUCGACGUCUACACGAGUAUGAACGAGCAGUUGCUGGCGGUGGCCCGUGACGCGUGCGUCGAGCUCAUGCGGUCGGGCCUCCGCGCGCAGAACCUGGCUCCCUCGCUUUUCGCGUCGGUCAAGCUCGCGUCAUACAAGGAGUACGUCGCCGUCGAGCGGGGCCUGGUCUCGGCCGACUUGGCCGCCCACGCCACAACGGGGAACCGCCGGAAGGAGUCGCCCGUCACGGCGGAGACGCGCGAUCGGCUCGUGCGGAUCUCUGUGCUCCAAGAGGCGGCGCUCCAGUCCUUCCAGGCCUUCGCUCCCAAGCCGCUCCUCACGUCCUUUUCGCGCCACGCGGCGAAGCCGUGCGUUCACGACGCGGUCGUGCUACGGACCGAGCUCCUCGACGGCACCAGCAACCCGCCGCCGACGCACGACGAGUGGUUCGAGUUGCAGAGCUGUCGCGUGGACUCGCUCCAGGGUCUUAUGGACGAAAUCCAGACAACUAUCAUCGCCGACGCGAAGGCCUCCCAGCGAGCCGCUCUAAAACGGCUCGCGUACUUGGGCAUGCCACUCUUAUUGUUAUGCUUUUGUGCGGCGACGGUCGGACUACGUGCGCUCACGGGCCUCGUAACGUACCAGGAGCGCGUCAGCGAGAAACUGAGGAAACUCAAAUCUUCGGAGAGGAAGUACAAGCGACUGUUGUUGGCCUGGGCGCCUCUCUCGGCGUGGGUGCGCGCGGUGGAGACUGAUAACGAAGACGACGACGACGACGCGUCGGCGGCGGCGCGGUGAGGACGCCGACAACGCGUUUGACUGGCACGCUGUGCAUAUUGUAUGUAGACGACGUGUG